AUGUCGGCCCCCGAGGACCAGACAGGCCUGAUGUGGAGCGACCCCGCGUGGCCCUGGCGCCCGCUCAACCGCUCCACGGCGCUGCAGUACUUUGAGCACAGCCCGUUCUACGACCCCAACAGCAACAACGCGGCGGCGCGCGCGCAGAACCUCGACCCCUCCAACGAAGCCGUGCUCCGACCGGCCUGA